CCUUCCUCGCUUCCUUCCUUCCUUCCGCCCCCUUCCCUUCCUCCUGUCCAUCUCCCUCUCCCACGCGCCCGCCCUGCCCCCUCCUCUCCUCUCCCACCCUCCCAUGGUCUUCAUGGCCGCCGUCGAGAACGACCACCACCGCGGCGUGAAAUUCGCUCCUCCCCCGUCGAAUUCCCUGGCUCACGCGGCGCGGCCGCCGCCGCAGCCGUCGUCGUCCCGCACGCGCCUCCACGACUUCUCCUUCCCGACCGUCAGCUGGGGCACGCACCGCCUGCUCCGCUGCUCCAAGAACGGGCCCGGCUCGUCGCCCCCGCCCUCGGCCCCGGAUACCCCGUCCCCGGACAAGGAGAAGCUCCACCGCCCCGACGGCGGCGCGGGCGCGGGCGCGGGGGGCUCGCUGCAGCGCCGGCGCUCCUCCGCCCAGCGGCCGUGGAACCUCCGCACCCGCCGCUCCGCCACCGCCGCGCCGGCGCGUCCCGCGAGAUCGGACGGCGCGGAAGAGGAGGCGGUGCUCGCGGAGCGCGCGCCUGCGCCGGCGGCGGAGGCCAAGAAGCGCGGGUUCUCCGUCGUGCUGUCCAAGGAGGAGAUCGCGGAGGACUUCAUGGCGAUUCGUGGGUCGCGGCCCCCUCGCCGGCCCAAGAAGCGCCCGCGCACGGUGCAGCGGCAGCUCGACUUGCUGUACCCGGGAUUGAGCCUCGCAGAUGUGACGCCGGGCUCCUACAAGAUCGAAGAGAGGUGAUUGGGUGCUUUCUUGAAGCUUCGGAUGGACGGAGUUUUCAGUUUCUCUCAUCUUUUUCUGUUUUCUUCUGAUGGCUAACAUGUCUGUUUCAUAUGUGUUUCGUUCUGGGUGGAUUAGAGGAUGUUGAGGUGGAAUUGCCUGUGAUUAUCUAUCGGGCUGUGGUUGGCGAGGAGUAGGUUCAGCUUUUUCGCAAUUUGGUUACUGGGCUUGUAGGAUUGUCAAUUGUAUAAAGGAUUACGAUCCUUAGGUGGGGAAGUGUGUUGUCAUGUACAUGGUCUAAUUUAUGAAGCAAUCUAGUUGUUAAAUUACCCAUUGUUCUUUU